CGGAAGAAGGGGCUGGAGAAGCUGCUGGAGGCCUGUGCGCAGGCGCACUGGCUGGCACCUGGCUCCGGGCAGCCGCGGGAUUAGGCUUCUCCUGCCACAAUUUCGGGACAAGGAUGGUCAGACUGCCCGUGGCCAUGAGCGCUCCUCAGUACUCCUGGGGCUGAGGCUGGGCUGGCCGCCAUGGGGCUGGGUGGGCCCUGGGCCUGGCUGCUGGGCCUGCCCACGGCCAUGGUCUAUGGCUCCCUGGCCCUCUUCAUCUCUGUCCUGCACAACGUGUUCCUGCUUUACUACGUGGACACCUUUGUCUCAGUGUACAAGAUCAACAAAGCUGCCUUCUGGGUUGGAGAGACGGUGUUUCUCCUCUGGAACAGCCUCAAUGACCCCCUGUUCGGCUGGCUGAGUGACCGUCAGUUCCUCAGCUCCCAGCCCCGGUCAGGCGCCAGGCUCUCCUCAAGGGCCGUGGUGCUGGCACGGGUGCGGGCGCUGGGCUGGCAUGGGCCGCUGCUGGCGCUGUCGUUCCUGGCGUUCUGGGUGCCCUGGGCCCCAGCUGGCCUGCAGUUCUUGCUGUGCCUGUGCCUCUAUGAUGGCUUCCUGACGCUCGUGGACCUGCACCAUCAUGCCUUGCUGGCCGACCUGGCCCUCUCAGCCCACGACCGCACCCACCUCAACUUCUACUGCUCCCUCUUCAGUGCGGCUGGCUCCCUAUCUGUCUUUGCCUCCUACGCCUUCUGGAACAAAGAAGACUUCUCUUCCUUCCGUGCCUUCUGCCUGGCACUGGCCGCUGGCUCUGGGCUGGGCUUUGUGGGGGCCACACGGCUGCUGAGGUGGCGGGUGGAGGCGGCCAGCAGGGAACCGGGGUGCCCAACCCUGGCUGUGGAUGGCGGCCUGUGUGAAGAAGAAGAGCUGCUUCUUGGCGGCGAGGAGACGGGCAGCAUCACCUUGGGCCAGUACCUUCGGCAGCUGGCCCGCCACCGGAACUUCCUGUGGUUCGUGGGCAUGGACCUGGUGCAGGUCUUUCACUGCCACUUCAACAGCAACUUCUUCCCCCUCUUCCUGGAGCAUCUGUUGUCAGACCACAUCUCCCUCUCCACUGGCUCCUUCCUGUUGGGCAUCUCCUAUGUCGCUCCGCAUCUCAACAAUCUCUACUUCCUGCCCCUGUGCCGGCGCUGGGGCGUCUACGCUGUGGUGCGCGGGCUCUUCCUGCUCAAGCUGGGCCUGAGCCUGCUCAUGCUGUGCGCUGGCCCCGACCGCCCUGGCCUGCUCUGCCUCUUCAUUGCCAGGUAUGCCCUGCCCUCCUUCAUCCCCACACCUCUGUCCCACUCCUUCAUUUUUGUCUGCUCUCUCUCCGCCGGCAGCAACCGUGUCUUCACUGAGGGCACCUGUAAGCUGUUGACCUUGGUGGUCACUGACCUGGUGGACGAGGACCUGGUGCUGAACCACCGCAAGCAGGCGGCCUCAGCGCUUCUCUUUGGCAUGGUGGCCUUGGUGACCAAGCCAGGCCAGACCUUCGCCCCGCUUUUGGGCACCUGGCUGCUGUGCUUCUACACAGGUCAUGAUCUCUUCCAGCAGCCCGCACUGACGCCUGUGGGGAGUGCCCAGCCCUGGCCAGAGCCCCCGGCUCCACCCCCACCACAGGCCCCGACGCUCCGCCAGGGCUGCUUCUACCUGCUGGUGCUGGUGCCCAUCACCUGUGCUCUGCUGCAGCUGUUCACCUGGUCCCAGUUCACGCUGUAUGGGAGACGCCUGCAUGCGGUCAAAGCCCAGCGUCAGAACCUGUCACGGGCCCAAACCCUGGACAUUAAGAUGGUGUGAGGGGAGCAGCAAGGCCACCCUGCUGAGGACUACCUGCAGCCCUGGGCGGCCAGUCUCUUUCGCCUUCCUGGGGUGCAGCCUGGAGGACAGAUGGCGGAGUGGGAGCUCCUGGGGCUGCGCAGGGAGCGUCACUGAGGUCUAAGUUCCUGCUUGGCUGUCGGGCUCAGCUUGGGCAAGGGUUGGGGCGUUUGUGCUCAGGGACCGGCUUCCUCCUAUGUGGCAGGAGGAAGAAGAGGAUCACGAAGGGAGGGGGCCCGCCCUGUGGUCACGUGGGGUUGCUGUGGGCACAGAGGCCUAUCCCCCUUCCUGGCUGGGGCUGGCGCCCUAUGUGGGCUCGGAAACCACUUUGGCCUAGUCAGAGGAAACUGAGUCCCACCUGCCCCUUGCGGUGGCUUCUCUCAGAACUCUCUGCCUCAGCUGUGCGUGGAGUAGCGCGCCCUAGCUGCUGCAGGGCGCCCGCGUCCCCAGCUGGCCUCUCAGCGAUGUUCAUUUCAUCACAGACUGAUCGAAGUCGGUCAUUUCUAUUCCCACUCCUGAGGUCUGUGCUGUGUGUGGGAGUGGUGGGUUGGGGAACAGGAUUCCUUACUUAAUAAGAGCAGCCUGAGAGCAUUUUCAGAGAUGAGUGGGGGGCCACCCACAUCAGAGUCACUGGGGUAGCAGGGAGAGCCUGCAGGCCCGUGGCCGCAUGGGCCCUUGGGAGCAAAACAGCUUUAAGGCCUGCAUUCGUAGCCCCAGUGCGUUUCCCAUGUACCACUGCUGGACGUGGUGGGCAAGGAGGAGUGGCCACUUCUAGGCUAGAGGUCCUUAACCUUGGAGUCGCUGGGGAGCUUGCAAAGAUGCUGGUGUCUGAGUUGUUCCCCAAGAUUCUGAUUUCAUGGGUCUGGGUACCGCCUGGCACUGGGGUUUCGGAAAGCUCUGUGGUGAUUUUACCGUGCAGCUGGGACUGAGAACCUCUGCUUGAGGUCAGCGUUUCUCGGCCUCGGCACUACAGACAUUUGGGGCUGGGCUGUUCUUUGUUGUGGAUGUUUAGCAGCAUCCCUGGCCUCUGCCUACUAGAUGUCAGUAGCAUCUCCCUCCAGUUGUGACGACCAAACAUCUCCGGGCAUUGCCAAGUGUGUCCUAAGGGGCAAAACUGACUUUGAUUGGGAACCACUGCUCUAGGCCAAUGGUUAUUUGAGGGUGUGCACAGCGGUUAAGAAUGUAGGCCCUAGGGCUAUAUUGCCUGGGCUCAAAUUCUAGCUAACAAAGGGCAGAGCUUUGGGAAAUUAUAUAAGGAAUAACAAACAUACUUACACUUUGUACGGUUGUUGGGAGAAUCAAAUGGAUUAACAUUUGUAAAGUGCCUGGAAAACCGCUCCCCGCUACCCCCCAAGUAUACAGGUUUAAAAUGGAGAACUGAUUAAUUAGCAUAUCUGAGCGUGGGCCCCGGGAACAAUAUUUUAAUAAGCUUCUGACUUCAGAGAUGUGAAGAGCUGGCCCCCUCAUUUGGGGUGGAGUCUCAUCCAUGGGCUUGGGCGUGUGCACAGGCCUGGGACCUUCAUUCCUGACCUGGUCUUUGGGCUUCGUUGUGAACACCAUCUUCUCUGCGUCCACCUGACAGGCUGGGGCUUGGGCUAAGGUCAGGCCAAGUCUGGCUGGUGCAACAGUGCCCUCUAGAGGACAGACUAGGCCCAGUCACAGCCUCAGAUUCCGGGCCCACAGCUUCUCCCUCCUCCCACCCUGCACUGGCUACAGACAGAGGCCCAGCUGAUGUGUCUAUUGGAACGAGUU